GAGAGAGAGAGAGGGAGAGAGAGAGAGAGAGAGAGAGAGAAUGAUGCAGUAGGAAAGGACGGAGUCCUGAGGAAGCAGCUGAAGGAGGGAAUAUAGCGUUUAAUUCUGCAUCAGAAAGCUGCUGCUUCAUGCAGUCUGUUCACUGGGCAGGAGGUGAGCUUGCAGUAUACACAAAAGGCUGAGAUGUCUGUAGUUUUAGUUCUAUUCACAGCAUCUUGGCUGCUCAUUUUGUCACUGGAGGCAGCCUGAAGGAACAAGGAAGAUGACAUUUUGGUUUAGGAUGUGGAAAAAAAGCAUCUAGUGCGUUGUUGAAGUUGCAGAUCACAGAAGGGGUGGCUUAAUGGCUGGAGAAGCACAAACAGGAGUGAGAGGAGGGGGGUGCCUUGCCUGAAUCAAAGCAGAAUCAUGCCAGCCAGUGUCGCCUUGGUGUGAUGCUGCACAAAGAGACAUGGAGACAAGGGGCUUGGUCACUGCUGUUAGCCUGACUCUAAGCCUUUUAUCCUUGAUUCUUCUGGUCACAGCUAUAUUUACAGACCACUGGUAUGAGACGGACACUCGAAAACACAAGGAGAUCUGUGAGAGUCAGGGCAAUUCAGACCCUACAGACCAAAAGAACAGACUGAUGCCCCUUUAUCAGCUGCCCUUCCGUGGGGACUCUUCCAAGAACCGCAGAAUGGGUCUUUUGUCUCCGGCUCCAGCUGGAGGGGUCAGGGAGCCAGAAGAUCUACUGGAAAACUGGAGGUCUCUAUUGGGAUUAGGGGUACUGGAAUCAGAUUGCGGACGCCCCCUUUUCUCUACCUAUUCUGGGCUGUGGAGGAAAUGCUACCUUAAGGGAAUUGACAAAGACAUUGACAACCUCAUCCUGAAAGGGAUUGCUCAGAAAUGUACAACUAUCAAGUAUCACUUCUCUCAGCCCAUUCGACUGAGGAAUAUUCCAUUCAAUUUGACCAGGACAAUUCAGCAAGAUGAGUGGCACCUUCUACAUUUAAGAAGAAUUACUGCUGGGUUCUUGGGCAUGGCUGCAGCAGUACUCUUGUGUGGAUGCAUAGUGGCUGCAGUCAGCUUCUUCUGGGAAGAGAGUCUUACACAACAUGUGGCUGGACUGCUUUUUCUAAUGACAGGAAUAUUUUGCACAAUUUCUUUGUGUACUUAUGCAGCAAGUGUCUCUUAUGAUCUGAAUCGCUUGCCAAAAUUUAUUUAUGGGCUUCCAAUUGAUGUGGAACAUGGAUACAGCUGGUCUUUGUUUUGUGCCUGGUGUAGUUUGGGCUUAAUAGUGGCAGCUGGAUGCCUCUGCACUGCCUAUCCAUUUAUCAGAAGGACCAAGAUUUUGCAUCUAAAGUUUGCCAGAGACUCUUGUGUAUGACAGAGACAAGUUAUGACCCUCUUGCCAGUUUCAAGACAUCCUGUGCACUGCACAACUGAUGAAACCUGAGCUGCACAGACUGAACGAAAAUUUGUUUGAAUUAUGUUUGAAGCACAAAUACAGUAAGCUUAAAAGAUUUAAGGAAAAUAAAGCUUCCUGCUAUGUACAAAUAAAUAGUUAAUGAUCCAGUGGCCUUCCAUUACUCCACUGAUGGCUCUGCCCUUGAGUCCCUUUGCCUGCCUGUGCGCUUCUGGAAACUACCCACUGGAAUGUAACAUGGUUGGAUUAUAAACUAAAAUUGGUACAUUUUUUUUAAGAGCAAAGUAAAACAAAAUGUCCUCAAAAACAAUUAACACAGCCUUCCAAAGCAUGGAAAUACUGUGAAAUCAAGUGCUUUAAGACUCCAUUAUUUAUGCAACAUGUUUAUGUGCAUCAGAUCUGUCAACGUAUGAACUUUUCCUAGUUCAAAAACAACUUUCAACUACAGUACUGCUUCUAUUUUUCCUCUUACUUUUGCU